AUCCCCAUCUUCGUAGAUCAUACAGUAAUACCAGCUGGGCCUAUACUGGUCAACGAACAUAACCAAUUUAUCUUACAGCCCAUUGUUAAUAACCAACAAAUACAAUACCCAGCCUGCCUCAAUUAUACAGUAAUAAUACCAUUUCUAGUUGAGCAUUGGAAGACUCUUACGACUCUACCAACUAACCCAACAUCCCCUACCAGGCUCUACGCUAACCCCUAA